CCGCCCGCCCGCGCAGCGCAGCGCAGCGCAGCGCAGCGCUUCCGGCCUCCCCGGGCGCAGCUCGGCCGGCUUCUGGCGGGGCCUGUGAGAGCUUUUCCCGUUUGCAGUGAGGCGCUGUUUUGCUCGGUAACAGAAAGGACAGAUCAUCAUGCCGACGGUGGUGGUGAUGGACGUGUCGCUCUCCAUGACCCGGCCUGUCUCGGUGGAAGGCUCUGAAGAGUAUCAGCGGAAACACCUGGCUAUCCAUGGACUGACCAUGUUGUUUGAACACAUGGCCACCAACUACAAACUUGAAUUUACAGCCUUGGUGGUUUUUUCAUCGCUUUGGGAGCUGAUGGUUCCCUUUACCAGAGAUUACAACACACUUCAGGAAGCCUUAAGCAACAUGGACGAUUAUGACAAAACAUGCCUAGAAGCAGCACUGCUUGGGGUGUGCAACAUUGUGCAGCAGGAAUGGGGUGCAGCAAUUCCCUGCCAGGUUGUCCUAGUAACUGAUGGCUGCUUAGGGAUUGGCAGAGGCUCUCUGCGGCACUCCUUAACUACUCAUAACCAACGAAGUGAAAGCAACCGAUUUCCUCUGCCUUUCCCCUUCCCCUCCAAGUUGUACGUCAUGUGCAUGGCUAAUCUGGAAGAGCUCCAGAGCUCGGAUUCUCUCGAUUGUCUGGAACGACUCAUAGAUUUGAACAAUGGGGAGGGACAGAUUUUUACCAUUGAUGGACCUCUUUGCUUGAAGAAUGUACAGUCCAUGUUUGGAAAACUAAUAGACCUGGCUUAUACACCAUUCCACGCUGUUCUCAAAUGUGGCCACUUAACAUCUGAUGUGCAAGUAUUUCCCAGACCAGAACCUUUCAUUAUAGAUGAGGAAAUAGAUCCUAUCCCCAAAGCAAUAAAUACAGAUCUAGAAAUAGUUGGUUUUAUAGACAUAGCUGAUAUUUCUAGCCCUCCUGUCUUAUCUAGACACCUGGUGCUGCCAAUAGCACUCAACAAAGAAGGGGAUGAGUUGGGUCCAGGGAUAACUGAUGACACAGAAGAUGAGAAUUCAGCUAAUCAGAUUGCUGGCAAAAUACCCAACUUCUGUGUACUGCUGCAUGGGAGCCUGAAGGUGGAAGGCAUGGUGGCCAUUGUCCAGUUAGGGCCAGAGUGGUAUGGGAUGCUGUACUCCCAGGCUGAUAGCAAGAAGAAAUCAAACCUCAUGAUGUCUCUCUUUGAACCUGGGCCUGAACCCCUCCCAUGGCUAGGGAAAAUGGCACAGCUUGGGCCUAUUUCAGAUGCAAAAGAAAACCCUUAUGGGGAAGAUGACAAUAAGAGCCCUUUCCCCUUGCAACCCAAGAAUAAGCGGAGUUAUGCACAGAAUGUCACUGUGUGGAUCAAACCAAGCGGCCUGCAGACGGAUGUGCAGAAAAUCUUGAGAAAUGCAAGAAAACUUCCUGAAAAAACUCAAACAUUUUAUAAAGAACUGAACCGUUUGCGCAAGGCAGCCUUGGCUUUUGGCUUUUUGGAUCUUCUGAAAGGCGUGGCCGAUAUGCUGGAAAGGGAGUGCACCCUUCUCCCGGAUACAGCUCAUCCUGAUGCAGCAUUCCAGCUUACACAUGCUGCCCAGCAACUCAAAGUGGCAAGUACUGGGACCUCAGAAUAUACUGCCUAUGACCACAACAUCACCCCACUGCAGACUGACUUCUCAGGGAGCAGUGCCGAGAGAAUGUGAGAGCUGUUUUUUAGAACUUUUUGGAAAGGAUUUCCAAGUCUCAAGUGGUCCAAAGUUUCCUGUCUUACUUGCUUCUGGGACCUGUUCAAAUAUUGUUCAAAGAACUUUGAUACAAAUUGGAGAGUCUCUAAAUACAGUCUCUUUAUUUCUAAAUGUGGGACUGAUUUUGGUUUUGGUGGAUUUAGAGGUUGACCUGGAAAGUGUAUUUUUAAAUGUCUUGCGAAGGCCUCAAAUACUGCAUUUAAGCGUGAGCAGAGGGAACUUGGUAUGUUGUUAAAGGAUGUGUGAAGAAACAAAGGCAAUGCUCUCAGGCAGUGGAUGGUGCCAGCACUAUGCCCAUACCCACUGGCGAUUGGGAGCUAACUCUCAGCACUUAGAUUAGUGGCAACAAGCAUUGGUGAAGCCUCUCCCCCAACAGCUGGGGUUAUCGUUUGGGGCUUGCCUUUCCAAGUGCCAGGUAUGCAACUGCACACACGUGCAUGGCUCCAGGUUGGAUGCACAGCUCACCUUUUCCACGAGCAACUGCCUGACAAUUUAUGGCCUGAUGUUCAAAGUGCAGUUGCUAACAUUUUAGCAUCACCUGUCCAGUGGUGCUGACACCCAUGAAGAAUAGUUUACAUUCUGCAGUGAAAAAGUGGGCUUUUUAAAAAUAAAUUGUAAGAUAUGACAUUAAUAAAGGUUAAUGUUUUAUGGAAA